UGAGACUUGGCGGGGAGUCGGUCCUGGUUCGCUGUCACCAGCCGGUGGGGCUCAGAGCCAGACUGCGAGCGCAUCGCGGUUUAUCGGUGCAGUACUGUGUGCUGCAGCGCUGACUAAAUUACCACUUCUCCCCAGAGCCCCUGAAACAGCCCUGGACUGACCCCUCACCUCGGGUGGGCUCCCGCGGGAGGGGCGCGGAGGGACGGGAAGGAAGGGCAAAGACUGCCUCAGUUGCGUGUGGGACUGGGCACCUUCCCCCCCUCUCUGGCGGUGCCCGCUUUCCCCGGCCGUAACCCGCCGAGCAGGGCGGGGAGCGUCCUGCGGGGCUGAGCCCGGAACUUUGCCCCGGGAGGCACCCGAGUCCGAAGGGGCGGGGCCUGCAGACAGCCCUCCAGGAAGUCUGUCCCUGAGUUUUCCUGGGGCUAGAGGCGGGUCCGCCAAGGCGGUGGGGAUUCACACAGCUCCCAAACCACUUUUUAAUCUUCAGCACCCACUUACGUAAAAGCCGCAAAUGGAAGGGGGAGAAAGGUGUAGUGAGACACCGGGAUUCUGUCUAGCCUCCCCGGCUGCGGCCUAGGAGAAGGGCUGGUGCUGCUGCUGUGAGCGGGCCAUUGAAGAAAAAAGCUGAGCCAAGAAUCCCUUGACGCUUUGACAGUCAAGAUGUUUCAUUUGGGAUUUCCUGGUAAAAUUAGAGGGGUCUCUGAACCUAGUGUGUCUUUUGUCUUCAGCUUUUAUCGUGCUCCCCAAGGUCACAGUGACUUCCACAUAGCUACUUAGAUUUGUGUUUCUAUUAUUUGAAGCAGGGUCUCACUAUAUAGCCCUUGCUUGCUGGGUAGGCCGGGCUGGCCUCAAACUCAACAGGGAUCCAUCUGCUUUUCUGGUACUGGGAUUAAAGGGCAGGAGCCAUCGCACCAGGUAAUAGCUACUGAUCUUUGAGUGUAAUUGGGAGUGGCGCUUCAUGCCUCUUCCCACUACAUAUGCCCUCCCUGCCUCAGGAGACAGGAAACAUGAGCAAGUUCAGGAAGUGGGAAAUGGGUUUGGCCCGUUAGAAACCUGAGCCUUAGGGAGCUUUAUUUCUCCUUUGCAGACUCUCUACUCUACUUCUAAGCUCUCUUGGUCAGAAUCCUUGGAUGAGCGUGCGGGACCCUUCCUCCUAGCCCUGUGUUUGGAGCCGGUGGCUUUGGGACUGUGAGAGGAUGGACAAAGAUUCCCAGGGGCUGCUAGAUUCAUCCCUGAUGGCAUCAGGCACUGCCAGCCGUUCAGAGGAUGAAGAGUCCCUGGCAGGACAGAAGCGAGCCUCCUCUCAGGCCCUGGGUACUAUCCCUAAACGGAGAAGCUCUUCCAGAGUAGCCGGAAGGAAAAAGUUUGAUGAUGAGCUGGUGGAGAGCAGCCUGGCCAAGUCUUCUACCCGGGUGAAGGGGGCCAGUGGAGGAGAGUCGGGCCGCUGCUCAGGGAGCGAGCCCUCUCUAGUGAGAAGAAGAGGUGGCAUUGCUCUGGCCCCAGACAGUGGUACCAGCAAGAGUAGUUCCCUCGGUAUCCUCCCCACCCACCCUCCAUUCUCAACCCAAGGAUACCACGAGCAGAAAGAAGACCCCCAUCUGGUCAAGAAUUAUGCAGAAGUUAAUUUGGUGGGGGUAUCCAAGGCCCCCAGCACUCCUGUGCCACCCAGCCCUGCCCCAACCCCUGGACUCACUAAGCGUGUGAAGAAAAGCAAACAGCCACUUCUGACGAAGGAUCUGGGCCGAUGGAAGCCUGCAGACUACCUCCUACUCAUCAAUGCUGUGCUGCAGACCAAUGACCUGACAUCUGUCCACCGGGGUGUGAAGUUCAGCUGUCGUUUCACCCUUCGGGAAGUUCAAGAGCGUUGGUACGCCCUGCUCUACGACCCGUCAUCUCCAAGUAAGCUGGCUUGCCAGGCUGAGGCAAUGCACCCAGAAGCCAUUGCAGCCAUUCAGAGCAGCCUGUUCCGCAAGGCUGAAGAGCAGUUGCUGAGCAAAGUAGGAUCGACCAGCCAGCCCACCUUGGAAACCUUCCAGGACUUGCUACACAGACACCCUGAUGCCUUCUACCUGGCUCGUACUGCCAAGGCUCUGCAGGCCCACUGGCAGCUCAUGAAACAGUAUUACCUACUUGAGGACCAGACAGUGCAGCCACUGCCUAAGGGGGACCAAGUGCUAAACUUCUCUGAUGCAGAGGACCUGAUUGACGACAGUAAGCUCAAGGACAUGCGAGAUGAAGUCCUGGAGCAUCGGUAUGGGCUGACCGGCGGCAGAGAAACGAGAGAUCCGGCAAGCUGGAACAGGAAACUGCAUAAGUGGCAGGUGCUUGUGGACCGCAUCACAGGCAUGAGCUCUCCAGACUUCGACACCAGACCCAUGGCCGUGUUGCGGGGCCGCAUGGUGCGAUACCUAAUGCGUUCUCGUGAGAUCACCCUGGGCAGAGCGACCAAGGACAACCAGAUCGAUGUGGACCUGUCUCUAGAGGGUCCAGCCUGGAAGAUCUCCCGCAAGCAAGGUGUCAUCAAGCUGAAAAACAAUGGUGACUUCUUCAUUGCCAAUGAGGGCCGGCGGCCCAUCUAGAUUGAUGGCCGGCCUGUGCUGUGUGGUUCCAAGUGGAGGCUUAGCAACAACUCUGUGGUGGAGAUCGCCAGCCUGAGAUUUGUCUUCCUCAUCAACCAGGACCUCAUUGCCCUCAGCCGGGGCCGAGGCUGCCAAGGAUCACACCGCCAGUGAGGCGGGUAGAGGGGCAUCCUCUAGCCAUCAGUUUCCCCUGUCAUUCCAGCUCCCUUGAGCUGGGAACUCAGGCUCCUGGAAAACCCUUCUACCCAGAGUGGGCUAGUGGAGGCCCAACUGCUGGCCCAUGAUUUGAGCCUUUGAGGCAAGGUGGGAUCACCAUGGGGAAGCAAGGAGAGGCUGGGGACCCUGAGCCUCCCCAGAGCCAGAGCCCCCAUCAUUGCCACAAUCACUCCUGUGUCUCCAGUGGGUCAGCUUUAGACUCUUCUUUUUUGUUUUUCUUUUUUGUAAAUAAAAGCACCCAAGUUCCAAAGUA